ACGUUGUACACAACGUACGCUAUGCGAGCGACUUUGCACACGAACGUACGCGUAGCAUGCAUUGCAUAGCAGUUCGUUCGGCGGGAUGUCACAUCGAAAAGCGAUCUGAAGUGUACAUGAAAGUGCCUUUUGUUUCCAAGCAGAUCUCUUCUCCGACAAUUUUUCCAUCAGUUUUCUUGUCUUCAUUAUUAUUUCUUUUCAUUCAAGCACAGCUUGGAUAACGCCGUAGACAAAAUGGAUCAACCUCAAAAAUCGUCGCAGUCCGCCCUCGCAUUUCAGCUCGUGACGGAACUGACCAGUCUUGUCGAUGAAACAACCUUCACUAAAAGAAUGGCAGUGCUGCGGGACAUCAAAGAUGCUUGGGAGAAGAAUAUCGAGGUUACCGUAGUAACAGAGGAAGACAGUUUUGGUUAUGGUGAGCAAAUGCACCUGGACGAUGCUGAUGAGGUGCAAAUGGGGCCAGGAGAUUUCAACUUGGACUACUUUGAAGAGAAGCCAGAAUACCUACGAGGUCGUCCAGACACAGAGCCCUUGGUUGAUGAAGAGGUGGGGAAUAAAAGAGGACAGGUAAAAGAAAAGAAAUUGAGCCGUGCAGGGACACUGCAACCAGGUUCCUUCGCGAAAUCUGUAAGAGAAGAUAAUGGUUUUGAUGGCAAAGAUACAGGGAACGUCAGCACUCCGCAAAGCGCGGGUAAGACCAGACCCAUCGGUGCGUCGCCAAAAAGAAAGACACCGACGGUAUUACCGAGGAAUUUUCCUUGUCUUUUUUGCUCAAAACAAUUCAUGCACGAGGGCCAUUUAAAAAAACACAUUUUGAAACACAGCGAAGACUUAUCCUGUAAAAUCUGUGGCAAAAAGUUUAGUACAGUUAAAGCAAAAAGUUCACAUGCAAAGACCCAUUUAAACCAGAAUAUGUCGAAUACAAAUCCGAAAAAGCUCCAAUCCCAAAAACAACCAAAAUGUCCGAAGUCCCAGUCUAAGGCACCACAGCCCACGCAUCUCACACCUGGUACUUACACAGCACAGGAGGAACAAAUUGCUCAUGCUAGCACUUCAAAUCCUCCCACAAGUCCUGGAGUAAAUCAGUAUCACGGUGAUACAUGCGAGGUGAAGCAAGAGGAGUCAAACCUCACUGUUACAGGCGGUGUCGUCAUUGAAGCUUCUCCUUCUAGUGUUUCCUCCAAGACUCAUCGAUCUGGUAUCAAGCAAAAGUAUCGCUGCAAGUACUGCAGUGUGAGUUUGUCUUCCUCAUCUCGUCUUCUGUAUCAUGAGAGCCUCCACCUCAAAGAUCCUUUAAAGAUCCGCAAAAUGGGCAAAAAGAUGCCCUCGGGUAGACACUUACCCGGACCCUCACAGAGGCAGAUACAGAAGAAGAAAUUUCCAAAAAGCAUGCCAGCUAAGAGAACAAUGGCGCCCCAGAAGGAGGACCUCUUUAAAUGUCAAUACUGUAGGAAGCUAUACUUCACGAGAGAAUCAUCCCUCAACAAACAUCUGAAUGAUAUGCAUCCAGAGAUGAUCCCUGGAUUGGAGAGGACUGAUGCUGCCAGGCCCACAGGCCGCAAAGUGGUAGAAACUUUACAAAUCCAAAACCUCAAAACAGAAGUAUCCUAUGCCAGCCUAACGCGUAAAGCGGCACCUGCAAACACUCCCAAUGCAAGCGCUAGCCCCAUGUAUAAUACAAGCUCCGUGCAAAAAGGUCCAAAAAUGGCCGGCACAGGCCAAAUCAGCAAUGUGGCCAAAGCAAAGAAAAACCUAAGUCCCACAGUGUCCGGUGCAAGUACAAGCCAGUUCCAAAUUGCCAAUAAUGCACCAAAAAGCCAUAGCCAACUAGUGACCAGUUUGGGAAGCCCAAUCAGACAAACUGCCCAGCAGAAGUCUCCAAGCAUGUCUGAUCUUAGAAGCCCAAGCAAGCAGAAAUCCCACAUCAAGCACAGCUCAAAGAGUUCAGAUGCGCCAUCAGUCUCGGGGACUGGUAAUAAACAGGAAAAGUCUUAUCCGUGUCGCUACUGCGACAAAGUAAGCAAAAGUCGGCGUCUAAUCAUUGAGCAUGAAAGGCAGCACACGGGUGAGAGACCAUACCCUUGCAAAUGUGGCAAGGCAUUCACUUCUGUUAGUUCUUUAAGAAAUCACCAGAGGCGUAAUUGCGCACUAAGGGGUCAAGCCGAUUCAAUGCCAGCCAAUUCUCAACAGAAUUACGAGUCAAGGACUGUUGUGACCCGAGUCGAGUCGAGUCAUGUUGAAGAAAUGCGUAGUCGAAUCGAAUCGAAUUAAAUAUCUAGCUGGAGGUAAUUCGCGUCACGAAUAUUUGAACACAAUACAAUAAACACAAGAGAGAGAUUAAUUUGUAUCACUAACAGUUGACAAGAGGUGAAACUUCGGUCUUACGAGGUAUCUGGGUCUAGGAUUGUUUCCUGUGAAUUGAAAAAAGGUCAUGUCCCACAAAUCAUGAAAUCCAGAAUUUGUUUGAAUUAUUUUUGAGGUUUUAAGAGUCAGCAGCAGGGAAAAAAUACAACCAAAAAAUCAGCUGGAAUAAUUCAUUAGGUCCCAAGAAGCAUGUGUAGGGAGACCAAGUGCGCCCUCAGUUGUUGUUCGUUCAAAAGUUUGGCAAGGUGAUUUGCAUAGUGUGACCUUUGUGCUUCCCGCGCAAAGGCAACUUGUAACACGUUUUCUUCUGUGGGCUUCGACCAGAGAAGACCGACAAAAAUUGUCUCCAAAAAUUAUCUCCUUUUGUAGGGGGCAUGGCUCCUGCGAAAUAUAUCACUCUGGAGGGAAAUUUCAUAGAAAGUUCCCAGUGAGUAUCUUGCUGUGUCUCAUCAUUUUGUGAGAGAAAUGAGACAUCUUUCGUUGCAUUGUAAGUUUUGCAUUAUAGUGUGUAGCGUACAUACAGCCAUGUGUUGAACUUUGACACGCACAUUGUAUUUACUUUGACAUUUCAUUGUGCAUAGGGGCUUUUGCUUGAAGUGUUGUUAGAAUAAAUGUAUUUUAGUUCAGGAUAUCAUAGUUGUCAUUUCAUCAUAAACUGUAUAGUUUGCAUGAACACUCGUCCGCUUUAAUUAGAGGACCGUUCCUCCUUCCUUCCCCCUUAAUUGACGUGGAAGCUGGUCCACUUCAAAUGGCGUCGUAGACAGGAUUGAGUGUUCUGAUUUAUUCCUCCAAGAUGUCUACUCGCCUUCAAAUGGCGUCGUAGACAGGAUGGAGUGUUCAACAUUGCCUUGAACGUUUUAGUGACGACGCUGGUCCGGAUGUAUUUUGUGCCGGACUUUAGAUUUUCUCCUGCAAAGUGAACUUAUAAGUUCGCUUCCGCGUUUUUAUUCGCUUUACCGUUUUUAACUUUCGCGAAACUAUGGACAUGAUGGUGACCAUCUGAUUCGUGCCUCGCCUUGCAGCGAAGGACUUCACCGCCAACUGAGUGUUGAUUACAUUAUGUGCUGUGUAAUUUUAAUUGUCAAAUUAUGAUUUGUAGAAUUGUGCUUAAUACAUGUUAUUUGACCAUUUGGUAUCCAAGCUUUGUAGAUCUGUUCAAUUUUUAGGCAGUUAAAAAAAUUAUUUUAAAUUGUAGGUUGCUAAUUUUAGUGUAGCUGCUAAGUGGAAUAUUUUGUCAGCAAUUUUGUAGUUUGGUGUAGUAUUUGAAAUAUUUGUACUCACCGAUUUAUGGGAUAUGUUUUAUAUAGCCUUUUGAGUGAGAUUUUGUUGUCUGGCAAUUUCACCAUGCAGUCUGCCGUUUAUAGGACCAUUUUCAGAAAAUGUGUUUAUAUGAAACAUUGGAAAUUCUCUUUUCCGAUUGUUGCCCUUAGCACUAUUAGGCCAAAAAAAGUCUCCGGUUUCUGGUAAGGAGCUUGCCCCAAAAGUGGUGCGGCGACGCGGCUUUUUUUUUUUUUUACCUGAUUUUUUUGCUUCAAAUGUAGGCUGAUUACUGCAAAUAGUGCCCUACUAAACUUAGUGCAAAUAAUUAUAUGGGAGUCCAGAGGGGCCACAUAAAGCUUAUUCUCGACCAUAACCCAAUCUAAAAACACGUUAAAAUUGUGCAGCAGCAGGAUUCCAGUCAAACCAGUGAGUUUGGCGGUUUUGAGACAUCAUCUUUCAUUAAAAAAAACUUUUUCAUUUUGCCGACGCGCAUGGCUACGGCGACGCGCGCGCAUACCAGAAACCGGGGACUUUUUGGGGGGCCUUACUGACGGGUGUUGCUCCUUCAAGUUUAGCUGUACUUGUCUGGAUGUUAUUAUUAUGUUUCCUAGCCUGAUGCUGGUUAAGGAUGUUGUAGUUGGUUGAUGAGUUGUCCAACUUUUUGUCCUCCAUUGUGGGUGAGAUUUUUUAUUAUUCCGCUAUGCAGUCUAUGUUGGGAUGCACUGAUUUUUUGUAGUGAUUGAAAAAAAUUCAAUUCGAUUUGAUUUGAUUCGAUUCGAUUUGAUUCGAUUCGAUUCGAUUCAAAAUGGUGCUUAUAAUCUUUUAAAGAAAUUUUGGGUACCCACCUUUUUUCACAUGUUUAGUCUGACACAUUUUGUUAAUGACAUGUACAGUACAUUGUAUAAUAUGCUACCUGUAUGCACGGAUCCUACACGCAAGGAUUAACGAUCUCGGUCAAACUCCUGCUUAGACGCGUGAUAAGGGCCCGUCGGCCCAUUACAGGUGACAAUUAUCAUGAAUACUUGUCAACAAAGACCCAGACAGCUUUGACGCUUCACUGCGCGCGGGGACACGCGAUAUGAAGGCCUGUUAAUUAUAUCAGGCGCCCAACCAAAUUAAAUACGGCAAGUCCGUUCAGCGCAUUUUGUACUAGAGCUCGGAACAGUCGUUCAUCCUUGUGUGUAGGAUCUGUGCUGUAUAUUACUCUAAAGAGUGUAUCAACACAUGCAUACCUUUGUAUUCUUUAAAUCGUUAAAUCAGCUGUUAAUAAUUGCCCAGUAUAUAAUUUUCACAAUUUCAUUAUGUAGUACGCUUUUUUUGGAAGGGAAUUUUUUAGAAAGACAAGUAAUGUAUAUAAAAAGGAGCUGGAAAUGAGGCUGCCUUAAUUUUAACUUUGUAAUACUUUAGUAAUAAAAUCAUUGCGAUUUAGACAGAA